AUUGGCACAAAACAAUAGUUCCUUGUUAACACCAUCUGCCACCUCAAAUGCCAAAACAAACACCAAAGUUUUCAGUAAUAUUUGCUUUCCUACUUCGGUACCAUUCUUCCUUGCUUGGCGUGGUCUAUAAAUAAAGGGCAGGAGUCCUUCCCUUUUUCUUUCACAAGAGAGAUAGAGAUACGGAUAGAGAGAGGGAAAUGGGGAGGAGUCCAUGCUGCUCCAAGGAAGGACUUAACAGAGGAGCUUGGACUGCCUUGGAAGAUAAAGUACUAACGUCUUACAUCAAAGCCCAUGGAGAAGGCAAAUGGAGAAACCUCCCAAAGAGAGCUGGUUUGAAGAGAUGUGGUAAGAGCUGUAGACUGAGAUGGUUAAACUAUCUGAGGCCAGACAUAAAGAGAGGUAAUAUAUCCGGGGAUGAAGAAGAACUCAUUAUCAGACUCCAUAAUCUUCUUGGCAACAGAUGGUCUCUAAUAGCUGGAAGGCUACCGGGGCGAACAGACAAUGAAAUCAAAAAUUACUGGAACACCACUCUGGUGAAGAAAGCUAAACCCGAAUCGCAUUCGGGAUCAUCCAAGGAAACAUCUCCCGCUCCGACCAAAUUCAGGCCCAGAACGCCAUCAGCCACAGCCACUCAACCUCAAGUAAUAAGAACCAAGGCCACUAGGUUAACCAGAAUGCUAGUCCCAUCACUCCCACUUCUAAUCGAUGAUUACUCAACAACCACAAGCCCAUUAGAUCUUCGAGUUCCUCAAACCCAGUCGGUAAGUUCACUUCCUGAAGACGCAGCAAAUACAGAAGUACACAUUCAGGGGACAGAUGCAAUGAACUUUGGCUGCAAUGGAUUUCAAGCAGCUGCUGGUGAGGAUGAAGAUGCUAUGGGAGGCUACGAUAUUCCAUUAGAUGAUGGAAUGCUCAAUGAUUGGACAGGAAAUGAUAACUGUGAUCUUGAGAAAUAUGGUGCUUCAUUGGAUUUAGAUUCCUUGGCAUUUUUGCUGGACUCUGAUGACUGGCUGGGCCAAGAAAAUAGUAUCUAAUCUUUAAAUUUAUGGUAAAUAGGUUAUAAUGUCA